AUGGCACCCCCACUGGCCGCGAGUGCGAACUCAACCCCUCCCCAAAUCGCCUCGACGGCGUCCACACGCUUAUGUAUCCUCAACAACGACGAUUGCAGGGAAAUUGUCCCGGCCGUCACCACACCAAAUACACCCGCCGAGGAAGCCUCCGGAGACGUCGUGCCCGUGGACGAAGAAGACGACAAAGAGAAAGACAUCCUCGACGUAGACGCCACAACUGUCAGCGACGCCUCAGACGGAAAACUCACUUCAGACGCAGACGACGCACCUCUUUCCCCCACGACCAAGGAAGUUGUCCGCGCCCACGAGGCCGCACCCCAACCCGACCAAGCCGGAAUCCGACCUUCGUCUCCAGUCGUACCGCCAGCGCCUCCUCAGAUGUCGCGCGCGCCGGAGAUCGACGUCCAACUGUUGUUAAACGCCCUCGUCGCGGUCCUCAUCGCGGCUCUCGUCCCGCUCCUACGGCAGCUGGAGAACGCCCCCCAAGCCGCCGCGCCAGCGCCAGCGCCCGUUAACGUUCUAGUCAGAGCGACCCGUCUCCAGCCCAAAGAGCCGGACACGUUCGCGGGCGACCGGUCGAGGUACCCCGCGUGGAAGACCGAGAUGCGCAUCGUGGCCCGCGGCGAGCCCCUCGACGACGUGAUCCCCUACGUGCUCUCGUACAUCCGCGGCAGGGCGGUCGAGUGGUGGAAGCUGGCCUUCUGUUGCGCUUAUCUCGUCGCGCUGGAGCCGGGCGCAGAGCCGCAAUGGACGUUCGUGGACGAGGACGAGUUCUGGGCUUCCCUCGACGCUGCCUUCCUUGACCGCUGUCUCCCGCGACGCCGUGCGUACUACGACUGGCUCCAGGAGCAGGAAAGAAAAUACUCGGCGCCCCGCGGGGCAAACAACGAAUGCCGCUACCACCAUGAUCGUUAUCUGGACCAACUCUAG